UUUUCGUAACGAAAUGUACAUAUAUGCAUACGUAGCAGUAACGUCAGUACCCAUACCUGUAAAUAUUGUUUUAUUUUAAAAUGCUCUCUUGAGAAACAAAUGAUUUUGUUCAAGUAUCAUUUAAAGUAAUUAAGAUGUACGACGUAAGCAUAUUUACUCGGGAUACUUUGAAAGCCACACAUCAGGUCUAUUUUAUUAUUAAGUAACUAAAUCUUAUUCUGCUUUAUUUUUUUUACUUAUUGUAAUAUCUGUUCAAACGAACAUUUUAAUCAAAGCGCUGAAGGCACUGAAGUUGUUCGCUUUUGCAUACCCUUAGACGCAACUCAGUUUUCAAAACUUUUUAUAGCUUUUUAUACCCAUUCACAUUUAUAAAGAGUGUGUCUUUAAGCACAGGUCGAGAUGUGUGUGCACUGUUUAUCCUCAUAUUUAUGUUAUAGAGAUAACUUAGACGAAGUUACAAUAUAUAUUUGUUUCACAAUUGGUUGUUGCACUGGCAACCAUUAUAGAAUUUUGGUUGCCUUGCUAAAGAAUAACAAGCCUAUAGUCAUGUACAUGUUGGGUUAUGCGUAUCUAAUACGUUAUCUAUUUUCUUAAAAUUAUUGAGCAACAAUUUUGCCCAUAUGACAGACUUUUAAUGCAGCAUUAAGCCCCGUUUUCCCUGAAAGCAGCCAAUAUCUACAUAUCUCAAUGAUAAACUGGACAAUGUCGUCGCACAAGCUGUUAUAAACACUAGUCUGGCCAAUAUCGUUGCACAAGCUCUUAAACAUAUUGUUUACAUACAUGCUGUAUGCUUCAGUGUACCAGUGAAGUAUAAACAGGCAGUGAUUAUCGUUCCUAGCGUAGUUAACAGCACACUGACUUGCAGUUAUCGUUCCUAUCGUAUUUAAAGCAGACUGACUUGCAAAACUGCCUCUCAAAAUUAGUUAUGAGCUAACGCUCACAACUAAAAACUAAAUUUCAAUCCUUAUCAUACUUUACAUGCACUCCAGUAUUACGCGACGUUAACGAAGAUUUAACGAACAUGCCAUACUUGUACUUUUCUUACGGUAUUCACGUUUGGAGUAUGCCGUGAUCAAUUAAGCGACGCAAUAACACACGGUCAGGCGGUUCUCAAACACAAUAUGCUCAAAGCAUGGUCUGCAGAAUACGAAACACUACCUUAUCCGCCUUCGAUUGGCCCUUUUGCCGUUUAUACCAUAGAAGAUUUCAUUGAUAGAAUAAACUUUGCAGUCGAAGGGUUCUAUAAUAUGGAAUACCAAGCUACGGGACACUUCAAGAUGCUUCCCAACGACCAAAUGCAUAUGCACUUUAGAUACAUCGUUGUUUCUGACUCCAUUAUAGAAAUCAAAUCAUCAAGCUUUGUACCAAUACACGGUCUGACAAACGUUACCAAGAAUGGGCAUGCAGUCUACAAAUACGAUCUGCAAAAGGAAUUGGAACAUAACAAUUUGACGGACGUAUUCAACAGCAUCCUCGAUGUUACUUUGACUGCAGCGUUGCAUUCUUUGCGUGUUCUAAGAAAUGGUGAAUUCUUGUGUCUAGAGACACAGAUACAGAUACAUAUAGAGCAUAAUGAUAAUGACCUCAACGGUGAAGUUGACAUUGAACUCCAGACUACCACGAAAACAGUCUCAUGUCAACGCCUGAAUAUCAAUGCAACUGAAUCAGCAUUGUGUGAAAAGAACACUGGCUGGCAGGCCAUCUGUGUGUUUGCAUUGACUGCCCUUACGAUUACUGUUGAUGUGUUCAGUUUUUUAACUGGACUCUUGCUGUUGGGCGUGUAUCAUAAUAAGGGGAACAUUAAGAAUUUCUCUUCUUAUCUUCUGCGUUGGUGGUCUUUAGUGUCAGUAAUCGGAGAUUGCUUUAUUUUCACUGGACAGAGUAUGUUCUAUAUUGCCAAAGACCGGGUUGAAAAAGAGCUAGGAAUAUUUGAUGAAAUUGCGUUCUUCUAUGGCAUAGGGUGUUUACUUUGUUGGAUCGGCGCUAUGCGGUACUUAAAAAUAAACAAGAAAUUCUCGCUUCUGUUUCACACGAUUUACGAUGCAAAAUCAAACAUUCUGGCCUUCGUAUUAUGCACCGGGACUCUGUUUGUCGGAUACUGGGCUUGUGCCUUUGUGACGUUUGGAGUUUAUCACCCGAAAUUCGAAACAAAAGCCCUGGCCGCCGAAUCGCUGUUUGCACUGAUAUAUGCAGACGACAUAUUCGAAAUGGUUUCGUCGGUACACUACGAGCUGGCUGGAAGUGAAAUGUUUUUGAAGGCCAGUGUCAUCAUCGUUAUCUACAGUUUCGUUAUCCUGUUCACUCUUCUAGCGCUAAACCUCAUUAUUGCUCUGAUCAACACCUCCUAUUCAACCGUUAAAGAGAUUGACGAUAUCAGCGAUUUUGAAAACGUGGUUUACAAAUACUUUUCAAGCAAUCCGAAUGCCAAUCAAUAUUUGUAUGCUGAAAACACAAACUGUCCAUUCAGAGAUGGCAUGAAGAUGUACUUCAAAAAGGCAGAAAAGAAAAGGCAGACGGUAUUGAUGUUUGAUUAUUUGAACGCAGAGGCGAAUCAAAACAGAGAAGAAGGAAGUGGGAUUUUUAUGUGGCUUUUCUAUCCCAAUAAAUACAAAUAUUGGCAAUGGCUGAAUGUGUUAAAAAUCAAACAACAGCGUGUAGAAUAAGGAACAAAUUAAAGCCUCAAUCAAUUUAACGUAACUGAAUUUUACAUAUGUAAUGGUUUUAACAGUUUGCUCAAUAUAAACGUUAACCGUUUUCUUUAAUUGAUUGUUAAAUGGAUUAAAUUAAGGUUGAUAGUCUUUAUAACAGACUAAUAACUUUAUGGAACCUCCUUGUUUGCUUGUGAUAACAGCUCUUCUUAUUUUGUUAUACCGAUAAUAUUGUCCUUAUAUUCGGGAGAUGAAAAUCGUUUUGUAAAAACCUGUCAUGUCAUCGUUUAGCUGAAUUAUAUGCCUCUUAUGCAUCUUAUACCUAAUGAGAUCUUGCCAUUUUUAAAUGAUAUAUGCUUAAGUUCCGUAAAAUCAAUGCGAUUAUAGUUCAUAUAUAGAAUUUUGUAUCAAAGAUACUGUGCUGUGUCACUCUAUUAUUACAAUUACUUUUUUCACUGAAUAGUUCCAUUGUCGAUUGAGAAUCGCUUGUAUGAGAUUGUGAGAAAAGGUAUUGCCAAGAAUGAUUAUAUAUAU